GGGGGACAGGUCUAGCCGGACCUAAUUUCCCAAAAUUAGAAAUGGACGUAAAGAAAGAAACCAGGGACUCCUAAAAUCCGUCGUUCUCCCCCGAUUGAACGAAACUGAACCUCGCAGAACAAACAAAAAACGCUAGAACCAGAGGCUGCCAGCCACCGCAACCCACAGGCGGACACGUGGAGUGACGAUUAUGAGAAGUGAAUCGCGAACACUGGCCAUCACUUAUCUGAGCAUCUGAUCUCUGCCGCGCACGGCGAACGACGGACCUCUGCAGGACGCUUCACUCGCCUCUCCGUUGAUUAUUUUAGGCUUUCUGAGUGGUGGUGCUAGCAGUUAAUUUGUGAAGGGAUGGUGAACAUUAGAGAUAGAACUGAGGAUUUCAAAGAUGCUGUCCACCGAUCUGCCGUGUCUCUGGGGUAUGAUGAGACAAGAAUAGCAGCUAUAUUAGCUUCAUUUAUCAUGCGCAAACCCCGACAAAGAUCACCUUUCAUCAAAGCUGCACUGAAGACGGUAGAUAGCAUUGGAGUCCUUGAAGAAUUCUUGUUGAAACAUAAGAAGGAUUAUGUGGAUUUGUACCGCACAACUGAACAAGAGAGAGAUAGCAUUGAAAGUGAAGUAACCUUUUUCAUAAAAUCUUGCAAAGAGAAAAUAGAUCUUCUAAAAAACAGUAUAAAUCAAGUAGAUGAUGCAAACUCAAAGGGCUGGAUUGGAUUCAAGGGCGAAUCUUUGAAUGCAGAUACAGUUGCACACAAACAUGGAGUGGUUUUGAUUUUAUGCGAAAAGCUCCACUCUGUCUCUUCACAAUUUGACCGACUCAGAGCCGUACGCUAUCAAGAUGUUAUUAACCGCAGAGCACUAAGAAGGAAACCUAGACAGGCUGGCAAAACUAGUUCAACAGAGAUAUCCACACCCACUAACUUAGAAGAACAAGUUAAGCAAAGUGAUGCUCAGACCAUGGAGUCCAAUGAACUAAGAUCAGAACCUGUCAGAGUUCAAGAACAAUUUUUAGAUGAUGAAACACGGGCUCUUCAGGCAGAGUUGAGUGGCCUCUUGGAUGCUGUUCAAGAAACUGAAACGAAGAUGGUGGAAAUGUCUGCCUUGAACCAUCUAAUGUCCACACAUGUUCUUCAACAGGCCCAACAGAUUGAGUAUUUGUAUGACCAGGCAGUUGAAGCUACAAUGAAUGUAGAGCUUGGUAACAAGGAGUUAACAAAAGCCAUUCAACGCAAUAGCAGUAGCCGAACUUUUCUUCUGCUCUUUCUGUUUGUACUCACUUUUUCAAUCCUUUUCCUUGAUUGGUAUAAUUAGUUGGGUUACUCAUAUAUUUAUACUUAUGUAAGGUUCUAUUACCACAUUUUAAAUUGCUUUAGUAAUUGUGUUCCUAUGUUGCAUGAUUUGCAUCUUUGUGUUUGGG